AUGGCGUCAGCCGGCUGCUCGGCAGCCAACCUCAGCUCAUUCCUAGGCGGGGGAGCCACAAACGCCACAGCCGCAGCCGAGUACAUAUGCAACAACUUCAACACUGUCCGCGACAGGUUUACGGACACUGCAUUUGCAGUGGACACCACGUACCUCCUCUUCUCCUCUUACCUGGUCUUCGCCAUGCAACUGGGCUUCGCCAUGCUUUGCGCGGGCUCAGUCCGGGCAAAGAACACCAUGAACAUCAUGCUCACUAAUGUCCUGGAUGCCGCAGCCGGUGGACUCUUCUACUACCUCUUUGGCUUUGCCUUGGCCUUCGGUAGCCCAUCAAACGGUUUCAUCGGCCAUCAUCACUUCGGACUCGAGAACUUCCCUAACGAGUCUUCUGACUACAGCUACUUCCUUUACCAAUGGUGUUUUGCCAUAGCUGCCGCGGGGAUCACGAGUGGAUCAAUAGCAGAAAGAACCCAAUUCGUUUCGUAUUUGAUUUACUCUUCAUUCUUGACCGGCCUCGUUUACCCAGUGGUGUCACACUGGUUCUGGUCUAGCGAUGGCUGGGCGAGUGCCGCCAGGACCAACGGCCUCCUGUUCGGAUCUGGGGUGAUUGAUUUUGCAGGGUCGGGGGUUGUUCAUAUGGUCGGGGGUAUCGCAGGAUUGUGCGGUGCGCUCAUUGAAGGUCCUCGCAUUGGCCGUUUUGAUCAUUCCGGAAAGCCGGUAACCAUGCGCGGGCACAGCGGGACGCUUGUGGUUUUGGGUACUCUGUUGCUAUGGUUCGGGUGGUAUGGUUUCAAUGCAGGGUCUUUUAUCAAUAUCCUGAAGGCUUACGGGAAAAGUGGAAGUUAUUACGGACAAUGGAGUGCUAUUGGGAGGACCGCAGUCACCACCACACUAGCGGGAUGCUCCGCUGCGUUGACGACUUUGUUUGGGAAAAGGUUACUCGUGGGCCACUGGAAUCUCACGGAUGUUUGCAAUGGUUUGCUUGGUGGGUUUGCAGCCAUCACCGGGGGUUGUUCGGUUGUUGAUCCGUGGGCAGCAGUCCUUUGUGGGUUUGUUGCUGCUUGGGUGCUGAUUGGGUUUAACAAAUUAGCUGAGAGAGUAGGGUAUGAUGAUCCCCUGGAGGCCGCGCAACUUCAUGCUGGCUGUGGUGCGUGGGGCAUUCUGUUCACAGCACUGUUUGCAAGGAAGGAGUAUGUGAAUGAGGUGUACCCGGGCCAACCAGGGACAGGGAGGCCAUACGGACUGCUGAUGGGCGGUGGUGGAAGGUUAAUGGCAGCUCAUCUUGUGCAGAUUGCAGUGAUCACUGUUUGGGUGGGUGUUACCAUGGGAACGUUGUUCUGGAUACUGGGCAAACUUGGACUUCUGAGGAUAUCUGCGGAGGACGAGAUGGCAGGAAUGGAUCUUACCAGCCACGGUGGGUACGCUUAUGAAGACGAUGACUACAACACAUCCCUCGAAAGUGGAAGGAAGAUGGAAAAGCCCGGUGGGAAUCCAGUGCCUGUUUGAAUUGUUUACCUCACCUCCUCCCAGAACGA